GCUUCGACUGAUUGACAGACCUCUCGCCCCGUCCCCGUGUAGCGAUUGACAGCCCCCCCAACCCGUGCUCUGAUUGACAGUUUCCCCUCACCCCGCCCCCUGCUCUGAUUGACAGCCAUCCACGCCCCGCCCCCCCCUUGUCAGGACACUCACUGGCCGGUGGGAUGGCAGUACAGGCGGCGGAGUGAGCAGCGUGUCCGGACAGGCAUCUCGCUCGGGUGGGGGCGAGGGGGAGACAGGCCGGCGGACAAUGACACUGGUGCCUGAAGUUGCGGAGUGAAGCACAGCCUUAGCAGCAAGACUAAUCCUCCUGAGUGAUGGCCAAUGUGCAAGUGGCCGUCAGGGUUCGACCCCUCAGCAAGAGAGAAAAUGCAGAAGGAUCGAGUAUAAUUGUGCAAGUGGAUGACAAGGUAGCCAGCAUCAGAAAUAUAAAGCUGGAUUCCCGACUUGAUAGCCCUGGGAAUGCAAGGGAGCGGAAGAUCGAGUUCACCUUUGAUUACUGUUACUGGUCGGUAGAUCCUGACUCUGCAAACUUUGCACCUCAGGAACUGGUGUAUCAGGAUCUUGGCACAUCAGUCCUGUCAGGAGCUAUAGAGGGUUACAAUGUCUGUCUGUUUGCCUAUGGGCAAACUGGCUCAGGAAAAACGUAUACUAUGAUGGGGACACCAGCAUCUGUUGGGCUGACACCGAGGAUAUGCAAGGGGCUCUUCUCCAGGGUGGAUGACUACCAAGAGAAGCCAACAUCAUGCAGAAUAGAAGUUAGCUUUCUGGAAAUUUAUAAUGAACGUGUCCGAGAUCUUCUGAAGCGCUGUGAUGGAAACAAGCCCUACACACUUCGAGUGCGUGAGCACCCUGAUAAGGGUCCCUAUGUGCAAGGAUUAUCGCAGCACUUGGUAUCAGACUACAAGCAACUUAUUGAGCUUUUAGAGGAAGGGAAUUCAAACAGAAUCACUGCUGCUACCCACAUCCAUGAUGCCAGCAGCCGAUCCCACGCCAUCUUUACCGUCCAUUACACUCAGGCAAUUUUGGAGAGUCACCUUCCAUCAGAGAUAGUUAGCAAAAUUAACCUUGUUGAUUUGGCAGGCAGUGAGAGAGCUGAUCCAAAUUUCUGUAAGGACAGAAUCACUGAAGGAUCAAAUAUUAACAAAUCUCUGGUUACUCUGGGAAUAGUCAUCUCCACUUUAGCACAAAAUUCCCAAAUGUCCACCAGCUGCCAGAGUAUUAAUAGUAUGGUGAGCGAAGGUGAUUCUGGAAGCCAUUCCAGUGCAUAUUCAGGAAGCAGCAGACGCCAAUGUUAUGUUCCUUACCGUGAUUCUGUCCUCACCUGGCUUCUCAAGGACAGUCUUGGAGGAAAUUCAAAAACCAUUAUGAUUGCAACAAUCUCUCCUGCAAGCACAAGUUACAGUGAAACAAUCAGCACCUUAAGAUAUGCAGCACAUGCAAAGAAUAUUAUCAAUAAACCACGAGUGAAUGAGGAUGCUAAUGUAAAAUUGAUUAGAGAACUGCGUGAGGAAAUUGACCGAUUGAAAGCCAUGCUGAUGAGUUUUGAAUUACGAAACUCCAGUCCUUCUUUAAGCGAUGAAAAAGAUGGAAGCCUAACAGAAAUGUUACUUCAAAAUGAACUCAAGAUAGACCAACUUGCCAAAGAUUGGAAGGACAGAUGGAAAGACACAAAAGCAAUCAUGGAGGAGUACUAUGUGGAUAUAAACCGAGGAAAAGCAGGAGUGAUUGUUGCCUCCCAGUUACCUCAUUUAAUAGCAGUGGAUGAGGAUAUAUUAAGUACAGGUGUUGCUCUCUACCAUCUUAGGGAAGGAACAACAACCAUUGGGAGAAUUGAUGCCGAAACAGAACAAGACAUUGUUCUGCAGGGUCCUUGGGUGGAGCCAGAGCACUGUGUCAUUCACAAUCACAAUGGCAUAGUGACAAUUGAACCAAUUGGAAGGUCACAGUGCUCUGUUAAUGAACUGGACAUCACCCAUUCAUGUCGUUUGUCCCAAGGUGCUGUUAUAAUCAUAGGAAAAGUGCAUAAGUUCAGGUUUAACCAUCCAACUGAAGCUGCAAUGUUGAGACAAAGGAGAACUAGUAGCAGCAUGUCUCUGGAAAGCAGUGGCUCCUGUGAAUGGCUAGAUUUGGAUGGAGAAUUCAACUUCUCCCCUCCUUAUGUUUUGUCUCCUCUCAUGCAAGCAAGCUUUGAACACGAUAAGGAGAAGGAUGAAGAAAUGGAGCUAAGUGAAACCAGGAGGCAGCUAGUUCAACUUCGGGAGAGAUACCAAAACAAACAGCAGGAGCACAAAGAAUACAAACACAAGCUGAAGGCAUCGGAAGCUUUUUACCAAGGGCAGGUACAGCAGCAGGAAUGCUACAUUGAGGAACUGCGAAAACACAUCCAAGCAGCCCAGUCGCAGGCAGAACAAGAGCUCAAACACGAUCAGGAGCAGCUCAAACAACAAAUUGAGCUAAACCAGCAAUGUCUAGCAAAUGAAGAGAGGCGUUUGGAGUCUUUAGCGCAGCACCGCCGUGAGCUGGGGACACAGACAGAGACUGUAAAGUUCACUGAGUGUGGGGUACAAAUCACCCUUCAAAACAAGGAGAUUCCUUCCCUUGAGCAAGAUAGGAAGCGGCUGGUGCAGCUGGAACUGCUUCAGAAACACUCACUGAAGAAGGCCGAGCGAAAUAUCAGCAAGAAAAGAGUCAAAUACCAGCUGGAGAGAAUUGCCGGGAAGCAAAAACUGUUGGAAGCCAAAACCAACCUGCAACACCUGGAGGCUGCAAGCUUACUCAGCAAGGAUCAACUCAAGCAGCCAACCGUGGACAAAAUGAACACUUUACAAACCAGUCCAAAUCCAAAACUGACAAAGUGGAACAAAUCAUUCCCUCCAUACUCAUUACCAGCAACAAAACAAUCACCAUCUGUUCGUUUACUAGCUAGAAGGCACUCUGAUUCAAAUGACCUGGUAUCACGCCUGUACCCACAGUAUGUCCCAGUUUACAGUGAUUUCCUGAAGAGAAAGAACUUGGCUACAUCACCUCAAACAAAGAAGUGGCACAGUUCAACACAGGAGUCUCACUCAGUGGGUUCACCUCCAAAAGAGGGUUUGUCCAUCACAAGGCAGCAAGGGAGUGAGACUGUUUCACCUGCCUGGGGCCAAAUUCACAAGAAACGAAAGGCAGUUGGGCAUGAGAAAGUCUCCAAGCCUGAAGCCAUAACAGAACCAAAUGAAAGCAGUAACUUCACUGAUAAAGAGCACACACAAAAGGAUAACAUGAAUGACCAACACCCAGAAGUCCAACAACUCAGCAGUAAAGUUCCUGAAAAUAAACAUUCAUCAGGCUGCAUGCUGUCUGAGACAAGGAUACUUGGACCAGAUUUGGUGGAUGUUGAAACUAACAGCGACAAGCUACUUAAAGUAACUAAUGAAGACAUGAGGCAGGACUUUUCAUGGAAGCGUACGUUCAUGGAUGUUGGCGAUAUGUCCAGAGUUUGUAAAAAGCCCCCAUGUGGACAAUUGAGCAGAGCUAAAAGAGUCUGCAAGGAGUGUGCCAUGAGGAUGUCUUCCCUGAGCCAGUGUCAGCAUCCCACCAAGGAAGCUUCUUCACUGGUCAAUCUUUGGGAACCAGUGCCUCAUCCUGACAAGACAAGGAAGUGGCACAGUGACAAAAUAUUGACUGCUGGCAUUACCACGGCUGCUCGUGAUUCACUAAGGGACUGGUCAGGCACAGAGGAAACGUCAGAUGGUGAAAGUGUGUACUCUGUAGAUUCUCUGUCUUCUGCUUAUGCAACCGCAUUAAAAGAGCAGUUACUGGAUGAAGAGUUGGAGGCUCACCAAGGUGAAUGGCAUGACGAUUGUAGUGGAAGUGAUGACAGUCAGAUGUCCCAAGAUUCGUUGGUGGACACGGACACAAAACUAGCUGCUGGCAUGAUGAAUGUUAGUGUGUUGUACAAUAAAGUAACAAGUUUCAACCUUGCAAACAGAGGGAGAAGUAUUUCUCUGAACAGCUUAGCUGAUGUGAAAGGGCAAAGUGACAUUUUCAGAAUGGAUUCAGCUGAAUCAACUGCAUCAGAUGAAAUGCCAGCUGAAAUGUAUUGGAAUCUACCUUGGACUGAAGGUGAUGAAACUAAAGCCCACCAGGCUUCUGAAGCACAACUUGAUAAAAACCAGGGAAUGGGAGCUGUGAGAUUAAAAAGGCUGAAUUUUUAUUUGAGCAGUAACACAGAACUAAAAACUACAGGCAUGGAUAAAAAUACGCGACUGGGAAAUCUGGAGCCAAAUAGAAAUGAUACGGACUCUGUGAUCGUGACAGAUGGUUGGUCGUCUUGUGAAUCCAGUCACGGGAGUAACUUAAAGGUAGAUUCAGCCUGUGACACUUGUGUUUCGGAAAUUUCGCGAGAGCAGGAUGUGGAGGAUGAUCCAACUGAAAGACCAGAAAGAAUUUGGAUUCUCCCGGUGCUUAACUUUGGUCCACCACAUGACUGCCAGCAGUAUGAUGGAACCUGUAAUUUUCCAUUUGUUAAUCUCAGAGAGGACAAUGCACCAUGUACUGAAGACAAAGACAACUCACUAGAUCAAGAAAAGGAGCAUCUCAUCAGUACAUUUAGAACUGAUAGAGUAACAACAUCAGAUCCAAGUUGUACUGAACAUCCUAAGGUUCAUGUUACUGAAAUGGUUGGAAAUUCGAAAAUAGAAACUAUGCAUGUAUUGGCAAGGAAGACACAAGAUAGUAAUGUGCCAGAUCAAGUCUUUACUACACAGCAGUAUCCAUUAUUAAUACAAUCUAAAGAACUUGUGGAGUCUUUUGUGACUGACUCUUGUUUGAAACUUAGGUCAGCUGGUACAGAUGUGGUUGCUUCCAGGCAGAAUGUUAGCUCAGAAAUGGAGGUAGCACACAGAGAACAACAAAUCACAGAAACAGAAGCAAUGCGCACACAGUCUCAGGGCAAUCUGUUCGAUGACGAAACUUGCCACAGAAGGUGUGAUGUGAGGGGCAGUGCUUCAAAAGUGAACACAACCAAUUUCUCAUCCGGCUUUGAGAGUUUAGUCAUUUCUGGCACUGAACAAUCCACACUACAAUCAGGAUCCCAAACCUUAUCCGAUUUUUCUUGCCCUCCAACUAUUUCUAACUCCAAUGGACCUUAUGGACUGGCGUAUGGGCCAUUGGAACAGGUUCUGGACCCCAGUGUGGAU